AUGGCUAUACAUCACAUUCAUGAUCCAUCAAGUCAGUUAACUGAUGAGCAUGUGUCUCAUCCAUUGCAUGAUAUAGACCAAAAUGAUAUGUCACAACCAUCAUCAUCGUUUACAUCCACACCGCCAAGAAAACGUAGUCAUUCGGUAUUACAUUGGAUGCAAAAAGCUUUAAAUGUAAAAACAACUGAUGGAAGUCAUGGCGAUUCACCUUCGCGUCACCGAUCAUCAUCAAUAGCACAUUAUAGGAAACCUAGUCCAUCCGAAAAGUCGCCUCCCGUUAGUUAUCCUGGAAAAAAACAUAGACGACCAAGAGCACCAACAAUUGACACAAUAGAUUCAACAGACAAAAAAAUGCCACCACGAAAAAAAACUAUUUCUGAUACAGAUGAAAAAGCACAACAAACACGAUCUAUAACAAACCAUGAUGAAAUUAAUAAUGGUUUUUUACGUGUUUCUCAACAAACUCUUCAACGUAUUCGUGAUACUAUUAAUUAUUUAAUUACUAAAAUUCAACAACAUGAAGAAACAAUCAUCAAAGAAAUUGAAAAUAGUAAAUGUAGUCAUGGUGGUCUACUUGGUCCAACAACUCAAACAGAUGCUCUAGGUUUUGAUAUUAACAAAGAUGAUGAAAAUUCUGAUCAUGGAUCAUUUCAUAUCCUUGCAGUUAAAAUUACUCUUAUUGCUAUAAUUCAACGAUUGGAAUUAUUGUAG